CUCUUCUUCCCCUCCGUUCUCCGCCAUGGCUUCGUACAAUCCAUACACAGCCAGGCCACCGGUAUCGGACUCCCCUGCGCCCGCACUUGGCAGCAAGGACCCACUAUUUGGCUUUCUUCCGCGCAAGGUCACCUCGGAGCAGGCGCUGAAGGCCAUGGAAAGCGACACCAACCCCUUCAGUAAAAAGCCACACUCUGCCCAGUACAAGAAGAUCCUUCAGGACCGCAAGAAGCUCCCUGUGUUCUCGCAGAUGGACCAGUUCCUCAAAAUGUUCAGCCAGAACCAGAUUAUCGUCAUGGUCGGCGAGACGGGUUCAGGCAAGACUACUCAGAUACCCCAAUUCGUCUGCUAUUCGGAUCUGCCACAUACGAAGGGCAAGCUGGUGGCGUGUACACAACCUAGACGAGUCGCCGCCAUGUCCGUCGCGAAACGUGUCGCGGACGAGAUGGAUGUACAGCUCGGGAAGCAAGUCGGUUACUCUAUCCGUUUCGAGGACAUGACAGAACCCGGGACCACCUUCUUGAAGUACAUGACCGAUGGUAUGCUGCUCCGAGAAGCCAUGAACGACAACGAACUCAGCCGGUAUUCCACGAUCAUCCUCGACGAGGCCCAUGAACGUACACUAGCAACGGAUAUUCUCAUGGGUCUACUAAAGGACAUUGCGAAGCGGCGCUCCGACCUCAAGAUCGUCGUCAUGUCCGCAACGCUCGACGCUCAGAAAUUCCAGAAAUACUUCAGCUUGACUGGAGCUGAGAACCCGGCGCCGCUGUUCAAGGUACCAGGUCGGACGCAUCCAGUAGAGGUGUUCUACACGCAGGAGCCAGAGCCGGACUACGUCGAAGCCGCGAUUCGGACGGUUCUCAUGAUCCACCGCGCAGAGGACCCUGGCGACAUCCUUCUUUUCCUCACCGGUGAGGAGGAGAUCGAGGACGCGUGCAGAAAAAUCAAGCUCGAGGCGGACGACCUUCUCAACCAAGAUCCAGACAGUGUCGGCCCCCUCGUGUGCAUACCGCUCUACUCGUCUCUCCCCCCACAACAGCAGCAGCGUAUCUUCGACCCUGCCCCUUCUCCCCGCGUUCCCGGCGGCCCGGCCGGACGGAAGGUCGUCAUUUCGACAAAUAUCGCCGAAACGUCCCUCACCAUCGACGGCAUCGUUUACGUCGUCGAUCCCGGCUUCUCGAAACAGAAGGUCUACAACCCGCGUAUCCGUGUCGAGUCCCUGCUAGUCUCGCCCAUUUCCAAGGCGUCCGCACAACAACGCGCGGGUCGCGCGGGUCGUACGCGCCCCGGGAAGUGCUUCCGGCUGUACACGGAGAAGGACUUCAUGACGGAGCUAGAGGAGCAGACGCACCCUGAGAUCCUGCGAAGUAACCUCGCGAACACAGUGCUUGAGCUCGCGAAGCUGGGCAUUGACGAUCUGGUGCACUUCGACUACGUCGACGCGCCCGCCCCGGAGACGCUCAUGCGCGCGCUGGAGCUGCUGAACUUCCUCGCCGCGCUGGACGACGAGGGGAAGCUGACACACUUGGGCUCGAUCAUGGCGGACUUCCCGCUCGACCCGCAGAUGGGGAAGAUGCUGAUUGCGAGCCCGGAAUUCAACUGCAGUAAUGAGGUUUUGACAAUCGUCGCGAUGCUGUCUGUCCCGAACGUAUGGCUCAGGCCGCCAAACCAGCGCAAGGAGGCUGAUGCAGCGAAGGCGCUGCUUACCGUCCCCGACGGCGACCAUCUCACCAUGAUGAACGUGUACAACCACUACGUCAACAACAAGCACGACAAGAACUGGUGCUGGAACAACUACCUCUCCGCGCGCGCGCUGCAGCAGGCGGAGAACGUGCGCACGCAGCUGCUGCGCACGAUGGAGCGGUACGAGAUCGAGCUCGUGACGACGCAGGACGAGCGCAAGCUGUGGACGAACAUCCGCAAGGCGCUCGUCUGCGGCUUCUUCAUGCAGGUCGCGCACAAGGAGGGCGAGAAGAGCAAUUACCUGACCGUGAAGGACAACCAGGUCGUGUCGCUGCACCCGAGCUGCGGGCUCGACACGAGCCCGGAGUGGGUGCUGUUCAACGAGUUCGUGCUCACGACGAAGCCGUACAUCCGCACUGUCACGGAGGUCAAGCCGGAGUGGUUGCUGGAGUACGCGCAGAGCUAUUACGACCCGGCAACGUUCCCCGAAGGCGAGACGAAGCGGGCGCUGUUCCGCAAGAGGCGCGCAGCCGGAGAGGAUGGCACCGCGAGCGCGAAGGCGAGCAGAUCGGGCACCCCUGCUACAGUUGACCGAAGCAAGAAGAGGCCGCGGAAGGCCUGAAGCGAACAUAUGUCAUGGAGUUCUCAGGCGCCGCGUGUCGGGUCUGGAGCUAUCACGGCGAUGUGGUGUAGAAGGGUCCUGAAAGAACCUGUUCAUGUAGAUAUUGUACUGCUGGUUGUUUGCAUAAUAUGCUGUCUGCACUGUACACCUCCAACUCUAGUCUGUUGAUAUCCGG